AUGUCAAAUCUGAGCUUCCUGAGCAUGCUAGACUUGUCAUAUAAUCAUUUGAAGGGAAAAAUUCCAACAGGAACUCAAUUGCAAACCUUUGAUGCCUCCAACUUCAUUGGCAACGAUCUCUGCGGCCUACCACUGGCCAUCAAUUGCAGCUCCAACAAUGGAAUUGAUAGUUUUGAUGACAAUGACAAAGGGAGUGACAGGCAUGGAGUGAACUGGUUUUUUGUGGGCAUGACAUUUGGAUUUGUGUUGGGAUUUUGGAUGGUGAUUGGUCCUUUGCUCAUUUGUAGAUCUUGGCGCUAUGCCUAUUUUCAUUUCCUUCAUCAUGUGUGGUUCAAACUUCAAUCUUUCUUCUUCUGA